CAGUUGUUAUGAAAAGGUCAUCCUGCAUACGUAGACCCACGAUUCACAUACAUGUCUGCCCUGGGGAUCCUCCGAGCCCUUGCUGUACUGGGCGUGUUCACGUCCCUACACGCUUCUCAGCGCCCAAACAUCGUGUUCAUUCUAACCGAUGACCAGGAUGUUGAACUCAAUGGACAGGAUCCUAUCCUCAAAACACGGGAACUGAUCGGUGCCAGUGGUAUGACAUUCACAAACAUGUACGUGUCGAGUCCGCUGUGUUGUCCCAGUCGCUCCAGCAUCCUGACCGGCAAGUACGUCCACAACCACCACGGCAUCAACAACUCCGUCACCGGCGGCUGCAGCAGCCCUGAAUGGCAGCUGGAGAAUGAGGGGUCGGCGUUCCCGGUGUAUCUAAAGAAGCAGGGUUACAACACCUUCUUUGCAGGCAAAUACCUUAAUCAGUACGGCUUCCCGCAGACUGGCGGGGUGGAGCACAUACCCCCGGGCUGGGACUGGUGGAUAGGCCUGGUUGGCAAUUCCGUCUACUACAACUACACCCUCUCCAUCAACGGCACCGCCGAGGACCACGGCGAUGACUACGGGAGAGACUACUUGACAGAUGUCAUUCAUAGAAGAGGCCAGGAGUUUCUGGGCAUACAAUCACAAGACAGACCCACCCCCUUCUUCAUGAUGCUCUCCACCCCAGCCUGCCACGACCCCUUCACCCCUGCCCCACAGUACAACAGCACCUUCAGUGACGCCAGGGCACCGAGAGGCGGCUCAUUCAACCUUCACGCGAAGGACAAACACUGGUUGAUUCGACAAGCUAUCACCCCGAUGCCAAAUGACACGAUUGAGUACAUCGACACAACAUUCAGAAACAGAUGGCGCACUCUGCAGUCAGUGGACGAUAUGGUGGAGGACGUGGUGAAGACGUUGGACGCCAAGGGGAUGCUGGACAACACCUACAUCUUCUACUCCUCCGACAACGGCUUCCAUCUAGGACAGUUCUCUAUGCCGUACGACAAACGCCAGGCUUACGAGUUCGACGUCAAAGUCCCACUGAUGGUCCGAGGACCUGGAAUCGCCAAGGACGUCAUAAUUUCCGAUUCAGUUCUAAACAUCGACCUAGGCCCAACAUUUAUCGAGCUGGCCGGUGCCACGCCCCCGAAUUCUACAGAUGGUAUGUCCCUGCUGCCAAUCCUCCACGGCACCAAGGACCCCAGCGUCCCAUUUCGAGUCCAGUUCCUGACAGAGCAUUCCGGGGUGGGGGCGGACUCUGUACCCGGGUGUCCUCAGUACCAAGGCCAGGGACUGAUGGUCUGUAAGAUGCACUGCGUCUGUCAGGACUCCCGUAACAACACCCACGCCUGCCUCCGGUACAAGAGCAACAGCGUCGACUACAAGUACUGCGAGUUUGAGGACGAUGAUAAUUUCCGGGAGCUCUACGAACUGAAGCAAGACCCGUAUGAGCUGACGAACGUAGUGGACCAAAUAAACCCCGAGAUCCUAGCUGUCCUGAAAACUAACCUGUACGACAUGAAGAUAUGUACUGGAGACGCAUGUCAUGGUUCAAAUUCACACCAGAUUAUAUGACUCAGAGUCAUUAGCCCAUAAGUUGAGUUUGAGAUACCAUUAAGUUUCUUUUGA